AUGGUCUCUGCAACGCUUUACGCGGGACUUCUGUGCUCCCUGGCAGGCCCCUCGCUGGGUGUCGUGCUGGAGAGUCUGGCCUACGGUGUCCCGGCCGGCUGGUCGUACGUCGACACUCCCUCCGACAGCACGACCAUGGCGCUGUCUGUGGCUCUGGCCCGCAAGAACAUUGACCAGCUGGAGUCCAAGCUGGCCAAGGUGUCGACCCCCGGUUCCGCGGAUUACGGCAAGUACCUCGACAUCGACGAGAUCGAGGCCGAGUUCCCCACGGUCAGCGACGAUGCCGUCGUCAGUUGGCUGAAGAGCGCCGGCGUCACGGCCUACACCCGCAGCGGCAGUCUGCUGCACUUCUCCGCCACUGUCGAGACCGUCAACGCCAUGCUCAACACCACAUUUGACUGGUACCAGAAGGGCGACUCCACCAAGCUGCGCACCACCGAGUACUCCAUCCCAGAUGACCUCGUCGACUACAUCGAGCUCAUCUCCCCCACCGUCUACUUCGGCAAGACCGUCGCGGCUGCUGCCCCGGUCGUCCACUUCCCCAGCCGCACCCGCUCCCUUGAGGCCCGCAGCAGCUCCUCCACCGUCGCUUCCCCCUGCGAGACCUCCAUCACCCCGUCUUGCAUCUAUGAGAUGUACAGCCUGGGCGGCUACGAGGCCGACGCCAACUCCGGCAGCCGCAUCGCUUUCGGCAGUUUCCUCAACCAGACCGCCAACGAGGCCGAUCUCGUCCAGUACGAGAAGCAUUUCAGCAUCCCCGUCGAGACCUUCUCCGUCGAGCUGAUCAACGGUGGCGUCAACAACCAGUCUGCCGGUAUCGACGAUGUCGACGAGGCUGACCUGGACGCUGAACUCAUCGCAACCCUCGCCCACCCGCUGCCUAUCCACGAGUACAUCACCGGCAGCACUGCUCCCUACAUCCCCGAUGCCGAUGAGCCGACGGAAGAUGAGAACGAGCCGUACCUGAUCUACUACGAGUACCUCCUCAGCCGCCCCAACUCGGCCGUUCCCCAGGUCAUCACCAACUCCUACGGUGACGAUGAGCAGACCGUCCCCGAAUACUAUGCCAAGCGCGUGUGCAACCUGAUUGGCCUGAUGGGUCUGCGCGGUAUCAGUAUCCUCGAGUCGUCCGGUGACGAGGGCGUGGGAUCUGCGUGCCAGGCCUCCGACGGCGUGACCCCCCAGUUCAACCCGAUCUUCCCUGCGACGUGCCCGUACGUGACGGCGGUGGGCGGCACGCAGGCCUUCAGCCCGGAGGUGGGCUGGACCGACUCCUCGGGUGGCUUCUCGUACUACUUCCCGCGGGCGUGGUACCAGGCAUCUGCCGUGGACCACUACCUCGACACAUACGUGUCGGCAGCAACCAAGGAAUACUACGGGCAAUACACGGAUUUCAGCGGGCGCGGGUUCCCCGACGUGGCAGCCCACAGCUUCACGCCCGACUUUGAGAUCGUGUACAAGGGCGAAUGGUACGGGUCCGGCGGCACGUCGGCCUCGUCGCCCGUCUUCGCCGGCGUGGUCGCCCUGCUCAACGACGUGCGCCUGCGUGCGGGCAAACCCGCCCUGGGCUUCCUCAACCCCUGGCUGUACUCGGAGGGAUUCAAGGCCCUCAACGACAUCAUCAAUGGCACGUCUAUCGGCUGCGACAACGUCGACCCCCAGACAGGCGAGUACGUCAACGGCAGUCUGGCCAUCCCGGGCGCCCACUGGAACGCCACCGUCGGCUGGGACCCUGUGACUGGUCUUGGUACGCCUAAUUUCCAGAAACUCAAGGAGGCUGUUCUUGCUUUCUAG